AUGCAAAAGAAAGAGCAACCAAAUGUCGAAACUGAUGAACGCACUCAUCUCCACUGGGCUGCAACUCGUGGAGAUGUCCGCGCAGUCCAAGAAUGUCUUGAAAACGGCGAUAAUCCCGAUAAAGCAGAUGAUAUGGGUUGGACUCCGAUGAUUUCAGCAGCAUCAUGUGAAUUUGUCCAAGUUGUUGCUGCAUUACUAGAAGCUGGAGCUAAUCCUGCCCUCAAAACUAAACAAGGAAGAGAUGCAUUUUUCUAUGCUGUUUCAAGAUGCAACUCUCCAAUGACAGAUUUAUUUAUAAUUCACGACUACACUAACUACAAGCCAGAUAAGUAUGGCUCAAAUUGCAUUCACAGAGCAAUCGUCAAUCCAAAGUGCACGCCGGAGUUCUUACAGAUGCUUUACAACAACGAUGCACCUUUCAAGGAUGCUGAUGCAGAAGGAAACACUCCAAUGCACUUAGCAUGCUAUGAAAACCGUGUUGAAUUGAUUAAAUGGUUAAAGGACGUUGCUGGAUUAAGUAUGGAAUAUCCUCUUAACCAAGACAAGAAAGCACCAAAAGAUCUGAUUUCAAAUCAGCCAGAAUUUAAGAUAUAA